AUGUGGAUGUUGUCUUGGCUUUGUGCUAUUUUAAUUAUUUUGGCUAUUGCUGAUAUGGAUGCAAUAGCAAAGACCACGCCAUAUAUCAAAUUUACGAAGAAAUCCGAGGGAAAAGAGAUGCUGAAGGGUUUAAAGCUGUCCAGUGGCCUGCCUCCAGGAGAAGAAGAAGAAACACCCUUCACAGAAGUGGCUGAAAUGGCAGAACCAACCCCUGACCCCUCCGUCCAAGAUCCUACCUUUGGCACUGCCACUCUCUUCCCCUUUGAAAACUUCACUCUGGACACGGCCGAUUUCUUUUUGAAUUGCUGUGAUUGUUGUUCAUCUGCACCUGGGCAGAAAGGAGAACCCGGAGAGACUGGAAAUCCAGGUCCUAAGGGAAAGACUGGUGAUAUGGGGAUCCCAGGGUCACCAGGAGUCAUUGGACCCCAAGGUCCAAAAGGCCAGAAAGGAGAGAAGGGACUUAAGGGAGAACGUGGGGACCAGGGAACAAGUGGCGUUCCGGGAUACCCAGGAAAACCUGGAGAACCAGGUCCUAAAGGGGCCAAAGGAGACACUGGACUGGCGGGAGUGAAAGGACAAAAAGGCUCCAAGGGGGACACGUCUGUCAAUGCUACCAAAGGAGAUAAAGGAGACCGAGGGGCUGUGGGCUCUCCAGGCUUGAAUGGAAAGCCUGGGGCCAAGGGAGAGAAAGGGGACCGGGGGGAGAAGGGCUACUGUGGAAACUCUGGGGAGAGGGGAGGAAAGGGGGAAAAAGGUGAGGUGGGGCUGAAAGGAGAAAAAGGUAGCAAAGGCGAUAUUGGGAUGGAAGGCAGAAGUGGCCCAGAGGGCCUACCUGGAGCCCGAGGUGACCCAGGGGCUAAAGGAGAAAAGGGAGCUGUAGGUCCUCCUGGUCUGGUGGGACCUGCGGGGCCAAAGGGUGAGCUUGGGAGCAAAGGGGUCCGAGGAUCUAUUGGGAAGAAGGGCUCUCGGGGCCUCAAAGGCUCCAAGGGGGAGAUGACCAGAGUCCCACGGUCGGCUUUCAGUGCUGCUUUAUCAAAGCCUUUCCCGCCUCCCAAUGUCCCUAUCAAAUUUGACAAGGUUUUCUAUAAUGACCAAGGGAAUUACAGCCCUGUCACCGGGAAGUUUAACUGUAGUAUUCCUGGGGCAUAUGUGUUUUCCUACCACGUCACGGUGAGUGGCCGACCCGCUCGGAUCAGCCUGGUAGCCUGGAAUAAGAAGCAGUUCAAGUCCAGAGAAACACUCUAUGGUCAUGAAAUAGACCAGGCCUCUCUCCUCGUCAUCCUGAGAUUAAGUGCAGGGGACCAAGUCUGGCUGGAAGUUUCCAAAGAUUGGAAUGGAGUGUAUGUCAGCGCUGAGGAUGACAGCAUUUUCACGGGGUUCCUUUUGUACCCAGAGGAAACGCCUGGAAUUUCACCAUAA